CCUCCAUCUAUCUGCAUCACCAACAUAGUAACAUCACCCACCCGCCACGAUGUUACGCCAAAUGUAAGCUCUCAAUCCCAAUCGCAUUCUCCCCCUCUCCUUAUACCCCAAACUAACCACAUAAAAAAAGCAAACCCCGCAACGCCCGCAGCAAACGCGCCCUCGACAAAAAAGCCCCCAAACCCGUCGAGAACCCCAAAACAACCCUCUUCCUCCGCUACACAACCUGCUCCCAACUAAUCCAAGACGCCAUGACAGACCUCUACCAACUGCGCAUCCCACUCGCCAAAAAGUUCACCAAGAAGAACCCCAUCCACCCCUUCGAAGACGCCAGCUCGCUGGAAUUCUUCUCCGAAAAAAACGACGCCUCAAUCCUCGUCUUCGGAUCAUCAAACAAGAAAAGACCACAUUCAUUAACCCUGACACGAACAUUCGGCUACAAAGUUCUGGAUAUGUUAGAACUAUAUCUGGAUCCGGAGAGCUUUAGAAGUUUGGCGCAAUUCAAGAACAAGAAAUGCGCCGUGGGAUUGAAACCGAUGCUUUUAUUCUCCGGGACGCCAUUCGAAGGCCCGUUAACCGACGAAUACACCAUGAUCAAAUCAUUCUUCACGGAUUUCUUCAAAGGCGAGCCCGCGGACAAAGUAGACGUCGAGGGAUUACAAUACAUGGUCUCCAUCGCCGCGCGCGAACCCGUAGAAGGAGAGGAGUCCAAACCAUCUAUUCAUCUCCGCGUCUACUUAAUCAAGACCAAACGAAGUGGCCAAAAAUGCCCUAGAGUAGAGGUCGAAGAAAUGGGCCCAAGAAUGGACUUCCGCGUCGGCCGCGUGAAAGAAGCGGAUGAAUCAAUGCUCAAGGAAGCCCUCCGAAAAGCUCGCACCACCCAGGAACGACCCAAGAAGAACAUCUCCACCGAUAUCGUGGGUGACAAGAUUGGAAGGAUACAUUUGGGCAAACAGGACUUGAAGGAGUUGCAGACGAGGAAGAUGAAGGGUCUCAAGCGAAGUCGGGAUGUGGCUGAUUCCGAGGAUGAGGAUAUGAUGGAUGUUAUCAGUGAUGAUGAGGAACCGGUUAAGAAGCCGAAGAAGGCUUAAGUAAUUUCAUGAGUAGAUUGCAUUGGGGCGGAGUCUUGGAGUUUGGAGUGUUGUGAGGAGGAAAAUUACUUGUGGAUUGUAUGUUGGUGUUAACCAUCAAUUAAAAGAGCAUUAAAUCAGAAAAUGCGUAAGCGUGUUAAAU